AUGGCAGCGCCGCUCUUCGCUGCAGCCGAGGCGGGAGACGAGGCGGAGGUGCGCCGCCUGCUGGCGGCAGGCGCUCUGGCCUAUGGACGGAGUGAGCGUGGCGGCCUGCCGCUGCACCCAGCCAGCUUGCAUGGCCACGAGGGCGUUGUGCGCCUGCUUCUUGAUGCUGCACCCAGCACAGCAGUAGCGGCCGCCCGCCCUGCAGAAGCCCCCCUGUAUUUCGCGGCUUUGGGUGGCAUGGCACACUUGGUACAGCCGUUGCUGGAAUUGGCCACCGCCGCAGCACCGAGGGCAGGCUCCAAGGGGCAAACGGCGCUGCACGUGGCGGCACGUACCAGGCAGGCAGGCCCGGUGCGGCUGCUGCUGGAGUCCAACCCAAACAAGGCGUCAGUGGCAGAUCGGCGCGGCUGGACCCCGCUGCACACAGCAGCGUAUUACUGCCAGGAUGCAGCCUGCGAAGUGGUGGGGCUGCUGCUGGCGGCCGCCCCAGCCACGGCCUUGGCGGUGGACCGCGACGGCUGGACACCGCUGCACCACGCGGCUGACCGUGGCAACCUUGAAGCGAUGAAGCUGCUGCUGGCGGCCGCUCCCCAGGCAGCUGCCGCAAUGGACUCAAACAGCCAGGCCCCCAUCCACCGCGCCGCAGACGCCAGCCAUGCUGCAGCCGUGCAGCUGCUGCUGGAGGCGGCACCAGAGCUGGCUUUCGCGCCGGAUGCUGCCGGCGGCGACACCCCGCUGCACCUGAUCCUGCGCUCUUGGUACAUUGCACAGCGAGGCGUGGAGGCGGCGCGCUGCCUGGUGCGGGCGGCGCCAGCGGUGCAGCCAGCCCUUGACCUUUGCGUCGACGCCUGGCCGCACUCUGCCAUCCUCUUUGCCGACCUGGCGGCCUGCCUGCCGCUCAGCCAGGAGCACUGGCGCUCGAUUCCUGAGCCCUGCCCCGACCUGGCUCGAGCGCUGCCUGCCGUCUUGCAGCGCUCGGCGGCCGAGGCGGGGUGGCUGGUGGGGCGGCUAAAUGCCAGCCAGCAGGCACGCCUGAGGGCAGCGGCGCUCAGCCUGGCGCGGGCGCAGCGGCAGAGCAGCACUGUGCUCGCGGCGGAGCUGAGCGGGCGCAUCCUGGCGCUGGCGCUGGCAGAACCGAUCCAAGCUGCCUAG